CGGUAUGUCAGCGCGCAUGUGUCAAUGGUGGGGACAUGUGCUGACCUGUCGUACAUUCACUGUGCACGCCUGCUGCUGCUGUUGCGCCGCGCACUCCUGAUGUGUGGUCUGGUGUGACUGCGGCGGCUGCCAGGGCAACCUGGGCUGCUGCCACGCGGGCGCGAAUGAAGGGCGGCACCAGCUCAAGACCGGCGUGCUGGGCCACCAGCUCCCACAGCCGGCCGCGCUCCAAGGCCGCACCCAUCAUGAGCAGCGGCAGCACAUAUCUCCCGCGUCUGACCCAGGUCCAGCACCGACCGCGACGUCAGCGGCUGCAGCGCCGGGGCUGUAGCGCCCCCGGCUCGCAGCCGCCCACACGCAGCGUGUGCAGGCGGCGGGGCAGAGGCGCCGACGCCCGCCGCCGCCAGCUCCGCCCGCCACGCGGUGAGGACCUGCAGGCGGGACAGGGCUGACAGCGGCCGGGGCGGCAGCGGGCCCGAGGCCGCGCCCAGGUCCAAGUGUGCCAGCGGCCGCACACCACUGGCUGUGGCAGCAGCAGUGGCCGUAGCAGCAAUGGCUGUAGCAGCAGGAACCGCGGCUGGAGCAGCAUUGCCAGCAGCACCCGCGGCAGCGGCGGCAGUGCCAACGGAGGCGCUUCCGGGGGCUGGCGAAUUUCAUAGCUUGCCGCCGCCGCCACGCAGCCCGUCAGCGCCAGAGGCGCCGCCGCUGCAGCCGGCGGCACCGGCGGCGGGGAUGGCGGCGCAUCUGGCGCUCCUAGCAGCGGCGGCAGCAGCUCGUGCAGGAGGCUUUAGUGGUGCAGGGGGUGGUGCUGACGGUGCUGGUGUGCCUCGCCAGCAGCUGCAGGCUGCAAGGCCGCAGGGCCAGGAUUUGUAAGGGGGCCCAGCUCGUGUUGGAUAGGGGGCCCGCACUCGCGCACUGAAUGGCUGGGAGCUGCGCAGCGGCUGUUGCGCAAAAGCUGCACCGCCGCGGCGCUGGAGCUGGAGCUCUGCUUCGGUGCUGAACCGCGUGCCUUGUGAGUCUUCAACGCCAAAAGCACAUAGUGACGUGGCGAUACGGUAUGCAUGGGACCGAGCCAAGGGCAUAGAACAUCGGUUGGCCGCAGGGGAGGUUGGCCGUGGAUGUCCCGAGUCGCGAACGCGCAGGCGGGCAGCCUGCUUGUCCACGGCGCGCCGGACAGCAGCGUGGCACACCAGCGCGAGCGACAAGCGGUCUUUGUGGCCAGCAAAGGCCAGAAUUGAUUGGCUUAAGUCAAGGUAGCAUAUUGCCUAGCUUGGGCGCCUUUUGUAAGCAGGGCGUUCUCCGGCAACUAUGGUUGCCAGUGGCUACUCGCUC